AUGGACAUCCUGCACGAGCUCAAGCUCAGCGCCAUGGAGGUCCCUCUCAAAAAUCUUGAAAGCCAGACGCAUCGACUUUUCCACGCACUGCUGCAAGGGCCGGACUCUUGGAGACUGCAACUCCAAGAGUUGGCUGGCGUGCAGAGCGUCCUGGGCACAGCCAACAAGAGCACCCAUGACGAACGUUGUCCCUUGCCUCUUGCCCGUGGCCGAACACACAUCAUGAAACUCCUUGCGUCCAAGCGGUCCGAAGUUGCGAAAUAG